AUGGAUCUGAAACGCCACAGAACACCCUCCAGCAUCGAGACGAUCCUCGAGUUUCCUCGGGGACUGACCGACAAUAGGCUCUCGGACGAGCAACUUCAGAGAUAUGUCCCUCCCCCUGGAAGACUCGCCCAAUUCUCUCAGGCUCAGAAUGCUUACUGCAAGCAUUCUAACUUGAGAAGACACAACCAAGCAACGGGCCUGAACGGAAGUGUCGACAGCUGCCAUCUCGCCAAGCUGAUCAGGGACAGAAAGAGCGGACAGGCCAGGGAAUUUGGUUGUUUGGUGUGCGAGCGAAGGUUCACGUCCCUGAUGGGUGCCAACCAGCAUAUGGACGUGAUGGGGCACUGGAACCAUUCACAGUCCACUGCAGCUGGCCUCCAGUAUAUGAAGAUUGUUGCUCCAAAACAAAAAUCAACGCCUGAUGGGCCUUGGUCUGCUAUGCCCGACUUGCAGCGUGAUCUUACUCAUAAUUUCUUCGACCCGAAGAAUCAAUACCCAGAAUCAGGUACAGGCCAAUACCCCUAUGUGAUUAUAUGUAGUAUGAUAGUUAACAAAGCAGACUUUGAAAACACGGGCAUAUCUACCUGCGAGACGUGUGAGCGCAGCUUCAGCACUCCACAAGGUGCUAACCAGCACAUGGACGUCAAGCAGCACUGGUCCAAACCGCAAGAUCAGCAACGCCCUCAGGAGAACACGAGCAUCAGAGCCAAACCGAACCCCACUACAUGCACCCACAAAGAUGAAGGAAUCAAGCCCCCGAAAUUUGCAUGCCUGGUAGAGCCUGUCAUUUCUUUCACAUGCGACACUUGCAAGCGUGCCUUUGGCACCGAGGACGCAGUCAAUCAGCACAUGGCUGCCAAGGGCCAUUUGAAUGCAUUUGAUUGUGACAUCUGUGGUCUUGAGUUCCGCACUCGAGGCCGAUUGAAGCAGCACAGGGCAACACAUCCUCCUCCGCUGCCAGCAACCAAGCAUGAGACCGAUGUCCAUUCCGAGAGAGAAUUCCCCUGUGAGGUAUGCCGUCUGGAUUUCACUACUGCAGAGGAUACGGACAAACACAUGGCUGAGGUGCACUUUUGCAAAGAGUGUGGUGGAUUGAUCACGACUACGAACUUACACAUGGAAUGUUCCAUGCUGUAUGUUGAGAACUUUUGGCAAUCUCAGUAUGCCUAA